UAUUGGUUUCUCUUAUCAUGAAGCAAGCGUUGUAGAAGGGUGUAUAAAAUACGGCGGCUGAGGCUGAUAAUUCAUUCUCUGUUGGAAAACCAGUGGAAUAUAUCAAAAAUGGCAUUCAAAUCUGUUGUCCUAUGCGCAUUCGCUGUCUUGGUCCAGAGCAUCGCUGCUCAGAGGAGCUGCGGCUGCAGCUGUCAAUCCAUCGAGGUGUCAAACAAUGGCGGAGCCCUGUCCGUGACCAGCAUCGGUCCCAUCGCGCCGUCCGGCAUCGCCGUCGCCACUGACCUCGGCCUGUCCGGCGACCUGGACCUGUCCGGCGCGCUGCCGUACCUGAGCGCAGUGGCGUUCGAGGGCAAGUUCGACACCAGCGGUACGGCGCCUGUGUCGUACGGAUGCGGGGACUGCGUCGCCAUCACCCAGCAGAUCGGUGGCUCCAGCAGCGGUUCCAGCUCUGGCUACUAUGGCUGUGGUUGUGGUGGACGUUAAUUACUAAUCCACUUUUGUACUUAUACUAAACUUUUGUAUAUUAAAUAAAAUAUUUUUGUAUAAAAAA